AAUAAUAAUAGUUUGGUAGAUAGAGAUACCCUUAAAAAUAUAACUUUCUUUUUUGUGUCCUUUUCUUUUGCUGUGCUGUAAGCUCCCAGCCCAAUCCUGAAACCCCAAGCAAAGGGUAUAUCAAAUUACGCACAAUUUUCACCGCGCAGCCGCCAACAGGGUUGUCAAUUUCUGCCCCGCAGCUCAGAGUUUUCCCACAGGGAACCAUAGCCUGCGCCGCCUGGCAGCCCUGGUUCCUUGUCGGCAAGAGACAACCUGUUUCCCCCUAGCCAGAGUUCAUUAUCCUUGUGGCCACAGAAUGAGUCAGCCGGAGGAAACCACAGCCACUGGCGCCCGCCUCAGAUGGAUCUGCAUCUGUGGCCUUGCCAUCUCUUUGUACUCUCUGUACGUGAAGAUGCAGCUGGACCAGGAUGAAGACUACGUGGCCAUGUGCGAUCUGGCGGAGAAGGUUAGCUGCACAGCCGUCUUCAAGUCAGACUAUGGACGUGGCUUUGGUUUGACACAGCUGCUGUUUGGAUCCACCUCCAACUACUACCUGAAUCCCCCGAAUGGAGCCAUAGGUAGUGUCUUCUAUGUGCUGCUCUUUGCAAGCUCCUUCUUCGAGCUGCGCUGGAUGUGCCUGCUGCAGCUUUUGGUCUCCAUUCUGACGCUGCUCCUGUGCUUCUACCUGGGUUUUCUCCUAAUCUUCGUCCUGUUCGAUUGUUGUGUGGUCUGCCUGCUCAUCUAUGUGGUCCACACGCUGCUCUUUCUGGAGGUCCAUGGGCGCUACAAGCGCCUCUACCUGUACCAACCCAAAAAGAUGGCCAUCGAGUGAAAUCGUUUCUUAUUAUCGGUAUAGUAGUUGUAAAGUAUGCAAAAAUGCAAAUAAAUAAAGAGAAUCUAGAUGCGCUA